UCAAAGGAGGCAGUCUCUUGCCAAACCACCCGCGAGAGGAGAAGCAACUCCCUGCGCUCGAGAGGAAGGGAAAAGGCGACCUCGCGGAAAAUGGAAGACCAGCUCUUCCAGUUUCUGGCACUGCCGCGCGCACAAAGGCCAUGUGUGCCAGAAACCCGGAAGAAGAAUGGGCGAUGCCGUGCAUACCAGUUGUCUUUACAGCUACGUCCUCACCGAAACUGGGGCAGGAAGGAGGAGGACGGGGGCAUAGCUCAAAGAAACAGACAGCUCAUUCUCAACAGGAAACAGAUGAUUCAACCCAUCCUUGGCCACUCCUGGGACAUCGUAGAGAAGGGGCGUAUCAUGGCUCAUUUCAUCAAAAAUCAUCUGCAAUGAAUACUAUUGACAUGCCUCCAAUAUUCAAUCUUCUGGAAGUGGAGAAUCUCAAUGAAACCAAUGUAACCUGCAACAAUGGAGAGUGUAUCACUGUGGACUCCUUGUUGUGCCCAAAUAUGCUUAACAAAAGUGCUCUGCUCUAUACCCUGUCCUUUUUGUAUAUCUUUAUUUUUAUGAUUGGCUUAGUGGCCAAUUUUGUGGUUGUCUGGAUGAAUUUUCAAACAAAAAUUACUGGCUAUGAAACUCACUUAUACAUCCUCAACCUUGCUGUUGCUGACCUUUGUGUGAUCAUCACUCUUCCCAUCUGGGUAAUCUCCUUUGUUCAACACAGCCAGUGGAACAUGGGGGAAAUCUCAUGCAAGAUAGCUCACCUUGUGUUCUCCAUCAAUCUAUAUGGCAGCAUCUUCUUCCUGACAUGUAUGAGUGUGGAUCGGUACCUCUCAGUUGCUUACUUCCAACCUGCCAGCAGUGUUAAAAAGAAGAGACUCCGUUGUUGCAUUUGCAUCUUGGUAUGGCUCUUUGCCUUCUUUGCAGCCCUUCCUGAUACCUAUUACCUUAAGAUGGUUUCCUCCAACAAUGAAACCUAUUGUCGUCCUGUCUAUCCAGAGGAGACUGCAAAGGAGUGGCUAGCUGGCAUAGAGCUAACCUCUGUUAUUUUAGGUUUUGUCAUUCCUUUUCCUCUCAUUGCUGUUUCCAAUUGUCUUUUAGCCGCAGCUGUAUUGGCCUCUAAUGAUCAAGAGAGGAAGAGUAAUGUGAAAAUUAUUUUUUCCUAUGUCCUUGUAUUUCUUGUCUGUUGGCUGCCAUACCACAUAGCUGUGUUGCUUGACUUCUUGUUGGCCUUCCAUUUUAUACCCUUCAGUUGCCAAAUGGAGAACUUCCUUUAUGCAGCUCUUCACAUUACUCAGUGCUUCUCUCUGGUUCAUUGUUGCAUCAAUCCCAUUCUCUAUAGUUUUAUCAAUCAAAACUACAAGUAUGAACUCAUGAAAGCAUUUAUCUUUAAAUAUUCAGCUAAAACUGGCCUUACAAAGCUGAUUGAUACUUCCAAGGUUUCAGAAACUGAGUACUCUGCUUUGGAGCAAAAUGGUAAAUGAUCAUUGCUAUGCAAAAGACAUUGCUGGGGAAGCAGAUUACUCCUUUCCAAUAUAUAUAUCAGAUAUUUUGCAGUUAUACUGGCAGAUAAAUAUAUUUAACCAUGUAUUUGGUUAAUAUUGUGAGAGUAUAAAAUAUUGUAGUUUAAAUAUUAGAUCUUCAGUUUUCUAUUGAAAGAGUAGAUUGCAUAACAAAUUAAAAUUAUAUGUAUUUUAAGUUGGUCUUCAAAUUUUGUGACAACAUAGUUGUAAUAUAUAUUUUUAAAUAUUCAUUAUUGCAUGUUAAUGUUUCAUGACCUUUGGAUAUUCGUUUCUUUCAGCGCCUCAUCCUCCUAUUAGUAUGUUAUUUUUCAAAUGCUAUCUUGGAAAAUAAGAUGCAAACAAUACAGUAUGCUACUUGGGUGGGGUGGGAGGACAGAUGCACCUGAUAUUUAAUUUUAAAUUCUUUUUUAAAUCAAUAGCAAGUAUUCCUGGUGAUUACACUAUGGUUUCAUAGACAGCACUACAGAAGGGUUAUAGCAGGGGUCCCCAACCACUAGUUCCUCAUCCCAGUGCUGGACUGCAACCCAUUGGGAACUGGGGCAUGGAAGUGGUGUGCAUGCAUCUGCAAAGCUGCAUUUGUGAAAGUGGCACAUUGUGUGCACGAAACCAUCCCCUUACACCAGUCCACUGAGCCAGAAAGGUUGGGGACUGCUGGCUUACAGUAUCCUGUUGUGACGCACCUGCAUCAACUAGUUUACGAAUGGAUUCAAAAUAUUUAUGAACAGGGUGCCUCCAGUUUUUACCAGCAAUUUUCUUGUCACAAUCACAUAGACUUAUUGUGCAUAUGCGUGAGUGUGUAUGCAUAUGUAUGCUUCUGAAUAUAAUUGGUCUGUAGUCCAUUUGUGUUCUUUUUCUGAUCCUAAAAAUAUUCAAUAAACAGACAUGUUAAGAAAG